AUGCUGACGGCCUGCAAAGCCCGAGCUCACUCCCAGGGCAGCGUUGUGUCCCAGACGACCCAGAUUGCUCCCCACAGCCGACCAGGUACGGCUGAUCCAGUGCGAGCCCGCUCUGAAGCUGUCUCCAGGGCCAGCCGCCGUCCCCGGUCGAGAGGUUCCACGGCGAGCAUUCACUCGAGUACGACCCAGCAGACGCAAGACCAACACCUCGACGGGUUUCCCCAAUUCAUACCCUCGCAGGUCGCCGCUGGUUCGCAUAUGUUCAACAACCCGGAAGAUAUGCUCAUGCGAUUCGGACACCAGCUCUCCAACCACCCGGGCGCGACGGGCAUGGACGGAGCUAUGCAAGAUACCCACGCGGUCAUGCCGCGCGCCGAAGACUUUCACCCUCACCCGAUGCACGGCCAUACCCUCUCACACCAUUCCAUGCCCCCCGAGAUGCCAAGCGGGAUGCCCAACGUUCCCGCGUCGUACCAGCAGAUGUAUGACAGUGGCGUGGAGAACCAACUCCCCGAACACCUCGUGGAGGAGCCCGAGAUUCCAGAAGUGGGCGGGAAGAAGAAGAGGGGAGCAAGCUCAACGGUCGCCAACGACAAUGAAUUACGGAAGCUGCUUCGUCAGUAUGAAGGGUGGAAUCUGAAGCAGAUGGCUGCAGAGGUCAUGAAACAUGAAGGGGGAGGUGGAAAGGCAGAAAAAGUCAAACAGGUGUUCGCCAUGAUCUGGUUGAGGGAGAACUGUCGCAAAAGCAGUGGAUCCGUCCGUCGUGAUCGUGUUUAUUGUUGCUAUGCAGAGAAUUGUGGCACUGAGCGAGUUUCCGUCUUGAACCCGGCGUCCUUUGGAAAGCUGGUUCGAAUCAUCUUCCCUAACGUUCAGACUCGGCGACUCGGGGUUCGAGGCGAGUCAAAGUACCAUUACGUGGACUUGUCCGUCAUCGAGGAAAAGCAACAGAAGAUCGCACCCAUGCCCCAAGUUCCCCGUGCUUCCAUUGGCCCGGCCUCUAUGCCCUCGAGACCUGCAAGUGCCAUGCGUUCCCGAAGUGCUAGUGUCCAACAACCAACAGCUGAUACCGCCGUCUUCCCCUCGCCUACUACCUCAUUCGCUCCCCGCUUCCCCAACAACUCCAUCCCGGCAGACUGCAAUUGCCAGGGCCACGGCGCAUCUGCCCCCGAUGAAACGAUCACCCGCGAGAACGUGGCCCAGCAGGCUGGGAAGAUGAUCCACCAGAUGCUCCAAUUCCCACUCGACGAGAACACUGUUGUCGAUAACGAAGCUCUCCAACUCCCCGAUAUUCGCACCUACCUGCCCGCAAACACUGACCUGAAGGUCGCUGCAGCUCUUGCUGCACUAUAUCGUUCCCACUGUAUUUCAGUCAUCGACAGCUUCCGCUACUGCAAAGAACGUAACCUGAUGAAAUACUUCUCUGCGUUCCAUGGAACAUUGACUGUUCCUGUUCAAAAACUCUUGACUCAUCCUAACCUCGCUCCCUGGAUAAAGGAAUGUGACUGGAUGAUGUAUCAAAAGAUGAUCGCAUUCGUGGCCCCUCUUACAACCCAGGUUGUGCCGAAGCCCGUGUUGGACGCAUUCAUGUCCAUUUCCCAACGGCUCUGCGGGCACAUUACCGAAACCUUCAAGACCCAACCUACUCAUGUCUCCCUGGCUCGCCUCAUCCCCGCUCACAUUUUCUGCAACCUCCUCAAGCACAUGCUUGAUGUCAAUCAAGCCGCCAAUGCCGCCGCCGCUUGGCUCUGCCACCCUGACAACCGAAACCAGAUGUGGGUCGACUUUAAGACCAUGGUCGAUCCUCAGGAGAUGAUGACCAAAGCCAACAUCCCCACCUGUGCCGAAGCAGCGACAGAGCAGAUUCUAAAACACGACAUUCGUGCCCUUCUCACGCCGUUGACGGAUGCUGAUCCUUCAGCCUGUCUCCCCUUCUUCACCCGUCCAGAUAACCCCGAGUCUGUCGAGGCCCACCGGUUCCCAGUGGAAAGUGCGCCUGGUGAUGAGUAUAACUUCCCCGACAAAUGGGUACAGUUCAUCCUGAACAUCCCCGCUGCCUUUGGAAGCCAUCGCUCGCAAUGUGUCAUUGAAAAGGUGGAUGCACUGUGGGACAGUGUCCUGCACCGCCUGACUCUGGGUGGAGCCCAAAGCUUCAGCGCAUGGUGGAUGACCAAGGUCUUCUUCCAUGAGAUGAUGGUUUGGCAAGCCGAGAAAGGCGGAUUCAUGCGCAACACCCCUGGCUCAUUGCAAAGCGCUACCUUUGGACCCGAGUCAGUGGGCAACUUUCAGAUGAAACAAGACUCCGCUGCCGAGCCCUCCCCGUUUGAAGCCCCCAACGAUUCCCAAAAAACCAGUCGCACACCUUCAGUCCCUCAAACAAGUCACCAGACGCAGCCUGGCACACAUCACCAGGAUUUCAAGAACCCUCACAACGAGAAGCGCCUCUCUCUUCAAGACCCAGCUUUCCAAGGUCACAAUAAUGAUGACAGCGCGAUCGAUCUUGAAGACGACACUAUGCUGCUGGCAGUUGGAAAAUAUGGCGACAUGAUGGUUUCAGAUCCCGCAGAUGCCGAAGGCGACGUGGUGGUCAUCUAA